CUUUCUUUUUACAGAUGUGGGUGUGGUCUAUUCCUUAAAGAACACGACAGCGAGGUUAUAUAUGACGCUGAAGUGAAUUUCAGGCUAUCACGCAGUCCAACGGAAUCAGAAAGUUGGCAAGUGAAGACCCACACUCGGGCAGUACCCACGACGGCUUUUGGAACCGUCGAAUUUCAAGGUGGUCCCCAUCCUACCAAAGCGAGAUACGUUCGAAUAAACUAUGACACGCCACCGGAAACCGUCGUGGAGUUACUGCUUCGUGAAUGGCGUCUACGCGUGCCAUCCUUGGUGAUUUCCGUACUUGGAGGCUUGGUCAAUGCGCCAAUUCAAGCGAAACUAGCCUCAGUGAUCAAACGCGGUCUAUUACGUGCUGCCAAAACCACUGGCGCAUGGGUGAUUACCAAUGGCCUUGAUACAGGUGUUACGAUUCAUGUUGGUGAAGCACUGGGUGACGAGGUCCACGUGAGGGGGUCCAAAAUCGUUGCGUUAGGCAUCGCGCCUUGGGGGGUGAUACAACAGCGGAAUAUGCUCACCGGCAUUAAUGUGAGUCGCUCCUAUCUCUUCCCAUAUAUCCUUAUUCAAAUUGCAUUUCCAGCUUUCCGUUUACUCAAACUUUGGAAACGUUACUUACCACUUACCUUAUAA